CGCGUCAGAGGGUGGGGCGGGUCUUCGGCCCGCAGCGUCUAAGCUCUGCUGCGACGUUAUGGGAACCCUGGUGACCCGCGGCACACUCUGGGACGCCAGGGUAGUGGAUAGGGACAGUGGAGGGCGUCAUGCUGCAGGGCACGAGAUCAGAAAGGGAUGCAAGAGGAGGGGACGCCAUUCUGGCCGCCAAGGGGGAAACGCGGUGAAGCGAACGCCCGGACUUUCGAGUUCCCAGGGCUGAGUCCCCAGCACUCCAACCCAGCAGAGGCGCCGGGGUCUUAGCUCUGAGGGCUGUGGUCUAGAAAGAGAAGCAGCAGACCCGGGGCUGGGGCGCGCGCCGACCCCACAGUGAGACCAAGGGAAGAAGGGACGGUACCCCGCGAAGGGCCUACGGCCCCAGAGCGUAAACAGCGGCCCGCUCCGCGGAAUAGCUGAAGACCUCUCUAGCCCCCGGCGAAUCGAGGACAGCUCUGGGGGUCCUCGCUAAGUGUAUGCCAUUCCCAAUCCCUUCUGUGCGCCUGCCGACGCUUGCCCUCCCCGAACAGUACUGUCCCUUUCGCGUCCUCCAGUCUUCACACGACGCAGCGGUCCCCAAGGCAGCGGUCUCCCCAAGCUUCCCGUUUCAGCCCCAUCCUCGAGAAUGGGCUCCUUUCCUGCUCCCUUUCCGCUCCUGCUGGCGAGUGGAGACCCGCAUCUAGGUCCAGACGCGGCUGCGCUGCACCUCCUAGCCAUCGAGACAGGAUAUGACUCCCUCCCCUGGCCACUGACUCCCUCCCUCCCCAGGCGGCCUGCAUCCUUGCUCUCCUUCCUCCCAGCUCACCCAGCUCGGGGUCCUGCCCUCGCCCGGAGACCUGAGGCUCGGGGCUGCAGACGGAAUGCAAGACUGGGCGGCGGGGCCCUUUGUUUGUGUGUGCGUGUUGCUGGCCUCCAUCCCCACUCCCCAGACUCCAUUUCUCAGGGCCUUUCUCCCGCCUUUGCAUCCCGCAUCCGCAGGACACCCAAUCACCGGGCAACAGAAUGCAAGAAACCUCACCCGCAGUGCCUACACAUCAGGGAGCCAUGGUCGCCCCCGGUACGUCCUACUUGGGGUGUGGUCCACACGUCAGCACUUUCCACAGAUUGUUCGUGGCCAGUUCAUGAUAAGGGCCCUGAGGGACAAACUGGGGAUUUUCACUCCAGAGCCACACACCUGGUCCAGGAGCUGGAUGACCUGCAGGCCCCGCAGCUGCCCUGGGCCAACAAGGAUGCCUUCCGCGCCUUCCACCCUGACCUGAAAUUCGUGGGCAAGUUCUUGAAACCUCUGCUGAUUGGUGAGCUGGCCCCAGAAGAGCCCAGCCAGGACCACGGCAAGAACUCGAAGAUCAUUGAGGACUUCCGGGCCCUGAAGAAGACGGCUGAGGACAUGAACCUGUUCAAGACCAACCACGUGUUCUUCCUCCUCCUCCUGGCCCACAUCAUUGCCUUGGAGAGCAUCGCGUGGUUCACCGUCUUUUACUUUGGCAAUGGCUGGAUUCCUACCCUCAUCACGGCCUUUGUCCUUGCUACCUCUCAGGCCCAAGCUGGAUGGCUGCAACACGACUAUGGCCACCUGUCUGUCUACAGGAAACCCAAGUGGAACCACCUUGUCCACAAGUUCGUCAUUGGCCACUUAAAGGGUGCCUCUGCCAACUGGUGGAAUCAUCGCCACUUCCAGCACCACGCCAAGCCUAACAUCUUCCACAAGGAUCCUGAUGUGAACAUGCUGCAUGUGUUUGUCCUGGGCGAAUGGCAGCCUAUUGAGUACGGCAAGAAGAAGCUGAAAUACCUACCCUACAAUCACCAGCACGAAUACUUCUUCCUGAUUGGGCCGCCGCUGCUCAUCCCCAUGUAUUUCCAGUACCAGAUCAUCAUGACCAUGAUCGUGCACAAGAACUGGGUGGACCUGGCGUGGGCCAUCAGCUACUACAUCCGGUUCUUCGUCACCUACAUCCCUUUCUACGGCAUCCUGGGAGCCCUCCUUUUCCUCAACUUCAUCAGGUUCCUGGAGAGCCACUGGUUCGUGUGGGUCACACAGAUGAAUCACAUCGUCAUGGAGAUUGACCAGGAGGCCUACCGCGACUGGUUCAGUAGCCAGCUGACAGCCACCUGCAACGUGGAGCAGUCCUUCUUCAACGACUGGUUCAGUGGACACCUUAACUUCCAGAUUGAGCACCACCUCUUCCCCACCAUGCCCCGGCACAACUUACACAAGAUCGCCCCGCUGGUGAAGUCUCUAUGUGCCAAGCAUGGCAUUGAAUACCAGGAGAAGCCGCUACUGAGGGCCCUGCUGGACAUCAUCAGGUCCCUGAGGAAGUCUGGGAAGCUGUGGCUGGACGCCUACCUUCACAAAUGAAGCCACAGCCCUGGACACCGUGGGGAAGGGGCGCAGGUGGGGUGAUGGCCAGAGGAAUGGUGGGCUUCUGUUCUGAGGGGUGUCUGAGAGGCUGGUGUACGCACCACUCACGUACUCCGUGUUGGAUCUUUCUCCCUUUCUCCUCUCCUUUUUCCCUUCACGUCUCCCGCAUAGCACCCUGCCCUCAUGGGGCCUGCCCUCCUUCAGCCGUCAGCCAUGACCCUCCCAGGGCCUCCCAGCCCCUUCUUCCAAGGAGCAGAGAUUGGUGGCCACGGUGGGUGGCUCUGUCCUACCUCCACUCUCUGCCCCUAAAGGUGGGAGGAGACCAGCAGUCCCUGGGUCUGGCCUGUGAGCCUCCCCUUGCAGCCUGGUCACUAGGCCUCACCCCUGCUUCAGUUCUUCAGAUGCUCUUGGGGUUUCUGGGGGCAGGUCCUAGUCAGGCAGGGCCCAUGACCCUCCGGGUCUGGCUUCACUCUCCCUGACGGCCGCCAUUGGUCCACCCUUCAUAGAGAGGCCUGCUUUGUUACAAAGCUCGGGUCUCCCUCCCACAGCCGGGAUCAGUACCCGGGGCCUCUCUUAAGAUGGCCAGGGCCCGGGGCCUGUGGGCACAGCCAGCCCAAACCUCAGGCCCUGGAAGAGUCCUCCACCCCAUCACUAGAGUGCUCUGGCCCUGGGCUUUCACGGGCCCCAUUCCACUGCCUCCCCAACUUGAGCCUGUGACCUUGGGACCAAAGGGGGAGUCCCUUGUCUCUUGUGGCUCAGCAGAGGCAGUGGCCAGGUUCAGGGAGGCGCCAGCUGGCCUGGAGGCUCAGCCCCACCCCCCAGCUUGUCCUCAGGGUGUCCUGAGGUCCAAGAUUCUGGAGCAAUCCGACCCUUCUCCAAAUGCUCCGUUACCAGCUGGGCAGUGCCAGCCAAUCCGUGGCCAUUUGGCCCCAGGGGAUGUGGGCCCUGCAGGCUGCAGGAGGGCACUGGAGCUGGGAGGUCUCGUUGCAGCCCUCCCCAUCUUGGGGCUGCUGUGUGGACGGCGCUGCCUCAGGCACUCUCCUGUCUGUACCUGCCCUCACUGUGUUUAACCUUUUGCUCCAGGAUGCAUUCUGAUAGGAGUGGGCAGCAGGGCUGGGCCUUGUGACAAUCUGCCUUUCACCACAUGGCCUUGCCUCUGUGGCCCUGUCUGUCAGGGAGGGCCAGGGAGGCAGAGCGGGAGGGAGUCUCAGGAGGAGGCUGCCCUGAGGGGCUGGGGAGGGGGUUACCUCAUGAGGACCAGGGUGGAGCUGAGAAGAGGAGGAGGUGGGGGUUGGAAGUGUUGGUAGCUGAGUGGACGGGCAAGUGAGAGGGGAGGGAGGGAAGUCCUGGGGGGAUCCUGAGCUGCUGUUGCAGAGUCUAACCCACUAAUCAGUUCUUAGAUUCAGGGGAGGGGUGGGCACCAACAACUCAGAAUGGGGGCCUUUGGGGAGGGCGCCUAGUUCUCCCAGCUCUAACCAGCCAGGAGGGACCUGCAUCUAAGUGUCUGGGUUGCCAUGGCAAUGGCAUGCCCCCAGCUACUGUGUGCCCCCGACCCCCGCAGAGGCAGAAUGAACCCACAGGGAGCUGAUUGUAAUGUUUAUCAUGUUGCUUCCCCACCCCUAAAUUUUUUGAAAUAAAAUAAGUAAUUUUAUUCUCA